CCCAAAGACGACGCGGCAGGGAGGCACAGGGAGUGCUCCGUACCUGUGGGCCCGCGGGCUGAUGGGGGUCCAGCCCCGGGCGCCGCGAGCCGCGAGGACUCGCGGGACCCCCUCGGGGCGGGGCGGGGCGGGGCGGCGCUGACCCCGCCCCGAGACUUGAGGAGCCGCGCUCCGUCUGCAGGUCUCUCUGCCCUGCCCGCCCGCCGCCUGCCGCCCGCCUGCCGCCCGCCCGGCUCGCGGGGCCGCGUUGUCCGCCGCCUGGAAUCGCAGGAGCCAGAGAUGGAUUUGCGGGCAUGGAGAGCAUGGGGAAGGACCCAGUUCCUGCUGACAGAGAAGGCUGGCUGCUGACCCAGGGUGUGUCUCCAGGAGGCCAACCAGGCUGCCCAGUUCCCAACCUCGCCACCAUGGGCUGCCCAGGCUGACCAGCUGAUUCCUGCUGGAGGCUCCUGACAUCUGGGGAGAUGACGUCUGCGCCCCCCGACUGCCUGCUGCGGCUGCUCCGGGGCACCCCGAGGCAGCGGGUCUGCACCCUGUUCAUCAUCGGCUUCAAGUUCACGUUCUUUGUCUCCAUCAUGGUCUACUGGCACGUCGUGGGAGAGCCCGGGGGCCGGGGACAGCUCUCUAACCUGCCUGUCGACGUCCCCUGCCCCCACGUGGUCCCCCCGACCCCCCUGCCCUCUGGCACCCCGCCUCCAGGCAACAUCUUCUUCCUGGAGACCUCCGACCGGACGAACCCCAACUUCCUGUUCAUGUGCUCUGUGGAGUCAGCCGCCAGGGCGCACCCCGAGUCCCCGGUGGUGGUCCUGAUGAAGGGACUGCCUGGCGGAAACGCCUCCCGCCCGCGGCACCUGGGCCUCUCGCUCCUGGGCUGCUUCCCCAAUGUCCAGAUGCGCCCCCUGGACCUGGGGGAGCUCUUCCGGGACACGCCCCUGGCCGCCUGGUACGUGGCCGUGCAGCGGCGCUGGGAGCCCUAUCUGCUGCCCGUGCUCUCGGACGCCUCCAGGAUCGCGCUGCUGUGGAAGUUCGGCGGCAUCUACCUGGACACGGACUUCAUCGUCCUCAAGGACCUGAGGAACCUGACCAACGCGCUGGGCACCCAGUCCCGCUACGUCCUCAACGGCGCCUUCCUGGCCUUCGAGCGGCACCAUGAGUUCAUGGCGCAGUGCAUGCAUGAUUUCGUGGCCCACUACAACGGCUGGAUCUGGGGCCACCAGGGCCCGCAGCUGCUCACGCGGGUCUUCAAGAAGUGGUGCUCCAUCCGCAGCCUGAGCGAGAGCAGCGCCUGCCGCGGCGUCACCACCCUGCCCCCCGAGGCCUUCUACCCCAUCCCCUGGCAGAACUGGAAGAAGUACUUCGAAGACAUCACCCCGGAGGAGCUGACCCGGCUGCUCAAUGCCACCUUCGCGGUCCAUGUGUGGAACAAGAAGAGCCAGGGCACGCGCUUCGAGGCCACGUCCAGGGCUCUGCUGGCCCAGCUCCACGCCCGCUACUGCCCCACGACGCACGAGGCCAUGAAGAUGUACUUGUGAGGGGGCCUGCCGGCUCACCUCUCUGCACAUGGCAGAGAGGGGCUCUGGGUGCCUGCCUUCCUGGGGGAGGUGAGAUGGGAGGGUGGAGACGGGGAGGCUGGGCUGCUGCAGCCCCGGGAUCUGGGGCAGGUGGUGGGGAGGACGGAGAAUUGUUGGCCAGAGAGCUGUUACUGGAGGGCGCGCUGCGGCCCCUGGGGCCUGCUCUGGUGGGCCAGCCCCUGGGCCCACGCACCGUCACAGGGUUGAGACGACCAGUGGUGGGGGAAGCGUCUCCAGACAGAAUGAGCUGGAGUGGGCUGGGUGAGCACCCCUGGGUCUUGUUCACAACGGGCAAGCCCAGCGAAUAUGCAAGCACCUUGCAGGGUGGCAGGCUGGACUAAAGUGCCCACGAAGUUGGGCGUGGGGGUGGUGUGGGGGGAGCACGGAGAAGCAGGUAGGAAGGAAGGGGAGGAGGCAGCUGGUGGGGGGGAGGGCCGGGCGGCAGACCCAGCUUCAGGAGCCCAAGGGGUGGGGUGCUUUCGGGGUUUUGGUUUCUUUUUCCGGGGGAGGUGGGGUGGCGGGGUGCAGCUGGCAGAGUUGGCCUGGGGAGCUCUUUGGGGAAGGCCCUGACUGCCCACCCCAUCCUUUCUCCCAGAGAUGUUGCAGGAGUGACAUGGACCAGCUGCCCACUCAGGGGCAAGGGGCCUGGAGUCCUUUCGGCUCAGGAAAAGCAUUUUAAAGAAAACACCCCCUACCCUGCCCGCAGUAAACACAAUAAAGUGACUCACCCACAUCCAGC